UAGUCAGGAGUGUGAGUGUGUGAAUUCAGGGGGAGUGUGAGAGCAGAGGGACAGCAGUGUCUCUAGCAGUGUCUCCAGACCAGUCAGGUGCCUCUGUCCUUUCUCAUCUCUAGAUCAUUUUACAUCAAAAUAGUCUCAACCUUUCCCUCCCCCCCCAUCAGGGUCUGUCUCCAGGGGCUCCAUUGUCACUAUGGAAACGCUUUGCGCCCAAUAACGUGUGUCAUUUGAAGGUGAAAGUUUGCUCUCUCUCUCCCCCACAAUUCUGCUGUUAACGCUCAGCCAGCCAGAGCCCAGUCGGAGAGAGUGAGACCAGGAAUGACCUGGUGUCCAGGCCCUGUGUGUUCGUACUCAGUCCUGUCUGUCAUGGCUCUCCUCUUUGCUUGUUCACAACCUCCCAGGUUUGACUCCUCUCUCCUCUAACCCUCAUGUUGGGAGUUGGAGGGGGGGUGCAGUAAUCUGAGCUACUGCCACACAGCUCCGGGGUCCUGGGCUGGAUUUGGGCCUUGAGUGUCUGUCUGUGUGGAGUUUGCAUGUUCCCCUUGUGUUCCUGAGGAUUUUCACCGGCUGCCCCAGUCUCCACCACUUCUAACACAGGACUGUGUAACAGGCGUCCUGUCUGGAUGGAGAGCGGCCGUGUCCUGUGUCCAGACUUGCGUCUUAGUGACCCUCACUGGGAUGGGGGGUUUAUUGUGCCGGUAGGAUGUUUCUCUGCUUUGACUGUGUCUCUUCUGCAGCUGGUAAAACCCGGAGCGGAACAGUGGACUGCGCCGCAGCAGGAGUCUCAUCAGCCCUUCUGUCGCGUUUCAGUUUGGACUCGCCCGUCUCUCUCCUCUCUCGCAGAGCUGCAGCGGGGCCCCGGGGCUGGCCGAUCUCGAGGCGGGGUGCAGCUGUAUGACACCCCCUAUGACGAGAGGCGCCGGGGCCGGGGGGCGGACCCCGAGGGGGCGCGGGAGAGCCGACUGCCCCAGGACGACGAGCGGCCCGCUGACGAGUAUGACCAGCCCUGGGAGUGGAAGAAAGAUCACAUCUCCAAGGCCUUCGCAGUGCAGUUUGACGGGGCUGACUGGGAGCGCUCCUCACCCUCCCCUGACAGACUGCGGCCCCCCAGGUGCAGCCCCCUUGGAGGGGGGGGCACCAAAUUCCGCAAGGCAUCUGAGCCCCCCAUGCUGCUGGGCGAGAGGGUGGACCCCACACUGCCGCUGGAGAAACAAGUCUGGUACCAUGGAGCCAUCAGCCGCUCGGAGGCCGAGGCCCUCCUGACGCUGUGCAAGGAGUGCAGCUACCUGGUGAGGAACAGCCAGACCUGCCGCGCCGACUACUCCCUGUCCCUCAGGAGAGCCUGUGCUGAGGAACACGCCUGUACGUCCGCUCAGAGGCAGGAACGUGCACACACAGGCCCGCCUGGUGCACAGAGCCGUGAUUGCCUCAUGAUGGGUUCUGCACAUCAAGGCCGGUCCUGGCCUGUGCUCAGGCGUGGGGAGCUGUGACUCACACCCGGUCUGCACCCUGGGCUGUGUUCCUCCUCGCGCUGCCUGAUGCGGGAUUCGAGGAUCAAACCCCUUCCCUUCUGUCUCUUGUCCCCACUUCUCCCUCUCCUUCUGUCCGGCUGUUCCUCUCUCUCUGUGUGUGUGUGUGUGUGUGUGUGUGUGUUCUGCUGGCAGUAAUGACUAACCCUGACCGGCCAAUUACAGCCCUCCUCUCUCCGCUGCUAUAAUUAGAGCAGCAUCAAGCCCGCCCCCCCCCCGUCUCUUAAAGGGGAGGCACUGUCUCUCUCUCUCUCUCCUGCUCCCGGAUGGCAGCUUUGUUUCUGUCUCUCCCCUGGUCCUCUCCCUCCUCCUCAACCCGCUCCGUUCUCUCCUGUCAGCAGUAGAUUGUUUUGCCUUGAGUCGUCAGCCCCUCUGGCUGAGUGCGUCUGUUCCCCAUCGCGCAGCUAAUGAGAGCAAUUACACGAGUUCCCGUCAGCUCUGGUACAGAGAGCCAGCGCUGCGGUCGUGCGCAGAGACCCUUUCCUUCCUCUUCCGUCUUUCGCUGGUCGCCGUGUCUCUCGCUGGACCCUGGGUUCUGACCAGACUCCCUGCAGCUCAGCGAUCUGCAUUCUGUCUGUUUGCUUUUGAGCAAUGGUGUGCGAGCAAUUGUGCUGGUGUAUGCACAAGUGUGUGUGUUUGUGUGUACGAGUGUGCGCAGGUUCGCCAGUCGGCGUGGGUUCACCAGUCAGUGUCAAGCAAGUGUGCAGGCGCACGUUUGUGCGUGUACAAGCGUGCGCGCGCGCGUGUGCAUGUGUUUUUUGUGUGUGUGCGCGUGUGCGUGUAUGAGUAUGUGCAUGUGCUUGUGUUUUUGUGUGUGUGUGUGUCGAGUGUGUUGGGAGUGUGCGUAGGUUCGCCAGUCAGCGUGGGGAUGAAGUGUUAGGAGUUACUCUCUCUGGGGGCACGGACGCCGUGGUGCUGUUCCUGCAGUGUGAACGAAUUUGUCCCCCUGUGCAGCUUCACGCUGGUGGAGUGGAGAGGAGAGUCCGGGUGCAAGUGUUUGGCAAUGCGGUGGCCCUGCUGCACCAGUGCCAAGCCAGAGUGUGAGUGUGAGUGUGAGUGUGAGUGUGAGUGUGAGUGUGAGUGUGAGUGUGAGUGUGAGUGUGAGUGUG